AUGGAUAUUUGUGAUAGCUUUUCGGAUGCCUGUUCUCCCGUGGAUCUUGCACCGUGUCCACCGCCGGACAUCGACCCCCACAUGUUUAACGAUCAUCUGACCGCAAGAAACUUGACCAGACAGGUUGUGUUACACAUUGCGGAACGGUGUGGUAUAUCAGUUAUACCACCGACUUCUACUGAUCGAACUACUCUGAACACCUUAUCAUCCACUGAGUUAAAUUGGACAACUCAAACCUAUUCGACAACGAGGCAAUCAUAUUCGACAAAUCAAACCUAUUCGACAACGAAGCAAAUCGAGUUGACAAAUCAAACCGAUUCGACAACGAGGCAAACCUUUAAUGACAGUAGUAAUAUAACUACCCUCUUGAACAAUCCAACUUUCUUAAUUCUAGUGUGUGCGGGGAUUAUGCUUGUUGCCUUCAUAAUCUGUAUCAUCGUUUUGAGGAAGAAAUCAUGCCAUAGAAGUAAUCAGCGCAAAUAUCAAGUAUCCCUUACCGCAGAAAAUAAACCCGUGGGUCGUAAAGAAGACAGUUCAGCGGGGACGAAAGGCAAUGAACUUACUUGCACUUACCAAGAAUCAACGGUGAUAGGCAUAAACAUCAACGUGAUUGUAAAUGAAAAUAUUAAAGAGACAAAAAGUGCGAACCAAAAUGGAAAUAUUAUGACCGUACAAAUUGAAUCUAACACAACUCUUAAUUCUGAUUCUAAUGAAAAUUCAAUGGAAAGUACUUGGCUAUAACUCUAUGGGUCGAUUGUUCAGAACCUUGUUAAUGUUAACAACCUAAUAAACGUCACAGUUGUUAACUUCAAAUCCUUACUACCCAGUUAAUCUAAAAAUAAUCAUGUGAUCUGCAGUAUUUCUAACAAGAUUUGAGACCUCUGUUUUAGCUGUACUUGUUUUACUCCAAGUUAUGAGUACAUGAUGGUUUGAAACACGGGGUGGCGAGGGGUACGAGGGGCGCUGACGGCAGCGUCCUGCAAAGGCAACCCGAAGACAGCUUUAUGAGUGGACGGUGCGGACAUGAGGAGUCACAUGGAAGACCUGCUUCGAAUUUCUUGCGACAAGGUACCAAUGCAGACGUCACUUCGCAGUUUGUCUUCACGCAACUAGGACCUGAUGUACUCAACAGUUACUCAGGUUUAAUGCAGGAGCUGGAUGGUCGUUUCCAAGUGAUAGAAUAAGUUAUUUGCAGCACAAUUCAAUAUAUGGCCCGGGUCGCACCGACAUGAUGAAAACUGCCCAGGAGGACGCGCUCGAGUAAAUGCAUCACUAUGUUGAAGCUUUCAGUAACCGAGAUAUAACGAUGCAUGGGGAUGUCCUGACGAGGCGUUUCAUCGACGGCCCACAUGACGACGACCUGUGAUUUCAGCUUGGUCUUAACUAACAGCCGUGCACUUAAGAUAUUGUAUAUUGUAUUUGUAUUGUGCUACGCACUACGAGAUUGAGACGUCGGUCCAUGAGAUGGGACAGCGUCAAACAGUAGGGAAUACGGUGUUGUGUCAGGGACAUGCUAUGAGCCAUAUUUGACCAGCACAACUCCAUAACAGGAAGCGUUGACUACAAAGACGACUAUCAGAACCACUUUAUCAGAAACUGCUUUGAAACAGAGGAGCAUUGUAACGAAGACAGUGACAAUCGUACGGAUCUUAAACUGGAUGGGUCUGACUGAUGAUUUAACAUGAUUCUUUCACUGUUGUUAAAAUACAUCAAUUUUGAAUAAAUACAUUUUGAGUUAUC